AUGGAUGACUCUGAGAGUUCGAUUUUGAUGGACAUAAUUGAUGAUUCGUCCACAAACCGUGGAUACUUUCCCAAGUUCAAUUUCAAUUAUGUUAACAUGUUGAGAUUUGUGAAACUCAAUUCGUUUCUUUCCUUGUUGAGGGAAUUGGGUUCUGUGUCGUUUGAUUUUUCAAAUCUUAAUUCAACAAGAGCCAAGUUUUUGGAAUUUUUGAACCCUAAUUUCAAGUUUCAGUCGACUACUAGAUUCCCCUUGUCGGAAUUGUAUGUCUGUCUGGAUAGAGGUUUGGUGUUUCGAGAGAUCACGGUCAUGUUGCGAGUGCUGGGAACUCCGACUAAAUUGCUGACGGAGAAUUCAAUAAAAGAGUAUUUCUCUUCGGUGGAAAGGUCAGUUCUCUGUGUUACUCGGCUAGAACAAACCGUGGAACCCAAAGUUUUGUUUAAUCGAAAGGUGUUUGAACAAGAAUUCAAACUUGGUUGGAAAGGCUAG